AGACAAUGUGGAUCCUUGUGACGCUCGGCGAUCUCAGCGCAAUAGCCCAGGAGUAUCAAAUGUUUGGCUGCAAAUUAAAUCCGUGUUUUGGGAAUAGUCGGCAUUAAGUAGAGGUGAGGAUGAAAAGCUUGUCUUGUUUAGCUGCGUUUCGAAGAGAGUGACAGCUUUGGGUGCUGUGGAACUGUAAAUAUUAGUUUAGCUUGAUCAGGAUUCCUGCGGUCCGUUGUAAAGCGUUCACUCAAAGCGGGGAAUGGGGUGGAGCAGUAAGGCUGCGGUGACUGAGGGUGCCUGGAGCUUCAUAAGUUUUGCCACUGUUCUCUCAAAGGCAGAUCCCUGUGACAUCAACAGCUUCUGCACCAAGUCUUGAUUCUGCUCCAGGCUGCUCUGAUCCUGGGUGCUGGGACCUCCUCAGGCCGUGGUUACCUUGCCUUUCUUUGGGGACAUGGUGUGAAAUGCCAGGUGACGGUGCAGGAAGAGUUGGGAGGUGGUGAGGGCGUGGGAUACAGUGCUGGAGUGGGACAGACGUCCCUUCCGACCCUUCCUCCUGGGCUGUUGUCUGUCACCAGGCACCACACUUCCCUCCUGGUGUCCCAUGGGUUAAUGCUCUCUAAGCAGGUCUAUUGCAAGGCACUAUAAAAGGGAGGAUAUUUGUAUGACGAAUGAAGGCAGAAAGUCAUUUCAGACUAUUGAGCAGAUACCCAAGGUUUCCAAGGUUGCAAAGCGAGUAGGAGACACAGGCAAAUCUUGCGUGAAUGCUGGCAAGUCCUUGGGAAGUUGUCCUUGGGAUCCGUUUGCCUGAGCGUUUUCAAUUCCUGUCUCACCUGAGUGUCAGUGACUCAGAGCAUGGACACCACGAGCUUUAACUUCUCCAGAGUCUACUCGUGAGACAGCGACAGUAGCCCGUGAGUCAUCGUUGUGUAACUUCAGUGGACGGGGUUGACUCACUCGCGUUCGGUUAGAGCAAUAUUUAAUUGCUCUCAUAAUGUAGGUCUGGAGCGUGAAGGGGCAGACUUCCACCAGCAGGAGAGGUGACUCGGUCUGUGGCUACGGUGGAAGUCGAUGGGAGCCAGCUGCCUCCUCUCCGGAGCUGAGUUGUUGCUAAGCUGAUGCUGUGCCUUAUUUAUGGGACGCGGAGUCAGGGCACCACGCCAGUUCUCCUGGAAAGAUCAACGUGAACCGGAGAAAAGCACAGACAGGGAGCCCUGCCCAAAGGUGCCUCCUGCCAGCGCUGCCCCGUCUGAAGCAAUGACUCCCCAGUGCCUUCUCCAGGAUUUCCAAUGUGAUUUUGUUCAACCUUUAAAGCAAGUGCCCUUGAACUUGGGACAGGUGCCCCCAGACACCGCCGACGCCACACUGAGAAGCCGCACGGGGUGGUGACCCAGCGCAGCAUGUCCCAAAACCCGUCACCCCUCCGCUGCCACUGACCGGGAGUGAGCCCUGUGCCCAGCAGCAUGGUGGGGCAGAGCGAGGGCAGGAAGGUGGUCCUCCUGGAGCCUUUCGUCCACCAGGUGGGCGGCCACAUGAGCAUGAUGAAGUACGACGAGCACACGGUCUGCAAGCCCCUGGUCUCGCAGGAGCUGAGCUUCUACGAGUCGCUGCCCCUGGCCAUGCGGCAGUUCACGCCCCAGUACAAAGGUGUCAUUUCUGUGCACCUCAAGAAGGACAGCCUCGGCAACCUGACCCUGCUCGCCAGCCCCAGCCUGCAGGCGGAGAGCUGCGGCCGGCUGGACCACGCCAUCGGCGACUCGGCGGUGACGAUCUGGCACAAGUACAAGCGGGCUGCCGGCACCAGCAGCGAGCACGCCCUCGUCAAGAGGUGUCACACGCAGCUCACCAAGACCUUCAAAGACAGCUGCCCAGGGAAGAUGCUAUUGAGGACAGACCUUCAGUACCACACAGAUCCACUUUUGGAAGAUGCAAACGGAAACCAGCCAGAAAGAAAGAGCUACAACCCCUGGGGACUGCACUGUCACAGGCAGCACCUGAACCGCAUGUCCUCCAAGUAUAAUGAGAACAAACUUCACCAAUUUCUAUUGCUUGAGAAUGUGGUAUCAAAAUACAGCUAUCCCUGCAUCCUGGACUUAAAGAUGGGCACCCGGCAGCACGGAGAUGACGCCUCAGAGGAGAAGAAAGCGCGUCACAUCAAGAAGUGUGAACAAAGCACCUCUGCCUCUCUGGGCGUUCGCAUCUGUGGGAUGCAGGUCUACCAAGUGGACACUGGCCAUUUUCUCUGCAAGGAUAAAUAUUAUGGAAGGAAACUCUCUCCCGAAGGAUUCAGGCAAGCCUUGCACCAGUUCCUGUGCAAUGGUAACCGCCUCAGAACAGAUGUCCUGGAGCCCAUCAUCCUGCAGCUAAAAGCUCUGCUCUCAGUCAUCAGGAAGCAAAGCUCUUACAGGUUCUACUCCAGCUCACUUCUCAUCAUCUAUGAUGGACUGGAGCACAAGGAGAACACAGCACCCUUGGAUAAUCACCUCCAGGGGCACUUCCAAAAAACAAACUGCACCACGACACACGGCACUAAUCACGCCAGAGUCGACGUCCGCAUGAUAGACUUUGCCCACACCACUUUUAAGGGCUCCAAAUGCAAUCACACCACUUAUGACGGGCCAGACCAUGGCUAUAUUUUUGGCUUGGAGAACCUCAUCAAAAUUCUUCAGAACAUCUCGGAAGGAAAAUGACAAAUUCUGUGAAAUAGCCUGAAUUUACUAGUGACCGAUAUCCCUGAAAAGUAUCGCAUUGGGUCAGUUGUGUGGGACCCUCACAGCUGCUGAAUGUCACGUGCACGGCUUGGAAUGAGAGCAUGGACAGCUUGCUAGGAAAAACUGCUACGUGCCAUUACUGAACUGAAGCGUAAAAAGCAAAGAGCUGAAAGAAUCUGUUCUGCCUGCAAUCAAUCAGAAGAUUUAUUUUCCUUUCUUGUUUUACUGCUGUCCUUGAUUUAUUUGUGAGUCAAAAGAAAGCAUUACUUGAAAGAGUCUUAAUGAUAAAAUAGGACCUGCUCACCUCCACCACACUCACCAAGCCAAGCAGGCUGAGAAGAUGUUGUGCAUGUGAGUGAGACGAUUAAAAUGAGCUGGCAGGUCUUAACAGAUUGCAGCAUUACUCUCAUCUCACGCUCAGUGCUACGGGCCGAACACACUCAAAGACACAAGUGGAACUAAAAUGCACACCCUGACAUUCACACUCCACGUGCCCAGCGCUGCAAGACUGUCCUUGCAAGUCAUUUUCCAUACAGCGCGGGUAUUUGGUGCUUUGUUGAAACACAAAUGUACCAGAUGCAGAACUCUGGUUCUGUACUGCUUAAGGUGUAAAAGCAGGUGGACCUCAGACCAAGAACUGGACCUUGCAAAGGUUUAAUAUUCCUGCGGGACGUAACAGGGCAUGUUUCCUAAACUUUCUAAGCGAGAAGCUCCUUGGGGGCUGGGAAUGUGAUGAUCCUGUCAGAUACUAGUCACACAAAAACAUUCACAUCAAGGUAUUUAUGCUUCUAAUUUAAAAAAAUAAAUUCAGGGACUAGACAUUAAAGUUCACCUAGAAAUUCUUUGAUACAAAUAUUGUGUGUGUGUUUGGAGGAGACAAUAACAAAAACUUGAUAAAAUGUUUACAGCUUUUGUUGACAGAUUUUAUUAUGGAACAAAUAUAAUUCCUUCCUGCAUGGUGUGGGAAACUUGUAUGAAAAGUCCUUACACAAGGAAUAGAGGUACAGAACCCAGUUAUUGGGGAGUGGGGAUAUAAAUAAAGUUGUCUAAGUAACUCUCA